UCCAAGAGUUACCAUAGAUCAGAUUGCCCGUUAGCAUAGCUUCAAUAUUUGUGCAGUUGAGAUGCGUAACGAAUCCCAUGGAACUUUUGGCUAGCUAGGGAGGGACCUGCGGUGCUAGCUGCUAUUUGAAUUAGCUCGCCAUGGCUGCAUCGGGGUGCAGUCAUGGCGGGGCAAAUUACUGGCUGUCGCUCAUGGUGUUGCUUCUUACGUUCUCGUCGGCAAGCACCUUAAGACCCAGGACUGUAAAGCGAAAAGGGCAUACUCUGGACGAUCUGAUCGUGGAUAGCGUAACAGCUGAAGACGUGCAGCACAACGAUGCAAUGCGGUUUGUAAGAGAGGGCAUAGAGUACAUGCACCAAUUGGGCAUUAGGCUGUCCGACGAGUGCGAGAAGCGUUAUGGCUACACAUUCAUUACAGACCAGAAGUUUCAUCACUUCCGUAUGUGCACCUCUGAGGCGAAGCUGAACACCGACGGCACGCUAAGCGGCGCGCAGCGGGGCUCAAGUGCACUGCUAAAGUUACGCACGCGCUACGAGAAGCAGAUGGCGAAAUACCGCAAAGCGGCGGCAGUGGCAAAGCUGUCAAAUGCGACAGUUGGUGCUGCGGCAGGAACACAGCGGCGAUCUGUACGACAGCACGACGUGGCCACCGGUGCCGCAGCCAGCACGGAUGGGCCUGGCCAGCACAACAACCUUCUGCCCGGCAGCAGUGCCGCCUCUGCAGGGCAAGGCGACAGCAGCAACGAAAGUAGCAAUAGCAGCCACCGACGCCUGCAUGUUGCAGGGAACAGCAGCAACGAAAGUAGCAAUAGCAGCCACCGACGCCUGCAUGUUGCAGGGAACAGCAGCAGCGAAAGUAGCAAUAGCAGCCACCGACGCCUGCAUGUUGCAGGGAACAGCAGCAGCGGCCUCAUAUAUAAAAUCCUCAACCAAGUAAACGCCAAUAAAGCAAAUGACGGGGAAACCUCGGACGCAUACGACGAUGAUGCUGACAGCGACAGCAGCGGAACCCAAACCUGGCGGAGAAAAGACGAUGGCGACGGCUCAGCCUCCGCCAAGCGCAAAGGCGAGGCCCUGGGCCCAAUCUUCGAGCCGGACACGGAGGUUCCGGAGCUUACUGCCGUCGGAACCAGCUACAAGUCCUCGGUGGGCUGCUACCUGCAGCCCCUGAUGCCGCGCAACGUGGGCUACAAGGACGCGCAGCUGCUGUGUGUGGGGCGCAACGUGGUGCUGGACUCCUGCGCACUGUACGACGGACAGCACGAGGGCUUCGAAGUGCGCUUUCCGAAGCCAAAGUCCGGUGCGCUCAAGCUGGGCUGCGGCGUCAAGGUGGCGCUGCUGGGGGAGCGCAACCUGACCAAGGGCUACAAGAAUCGCAUGUGGUGGAUGAACGCGCAGGACAACGCCUACGAGGAGGUACGCUCUGCUUGCGACCCCUCCAGCGGCCGCGUGGUGGAGCACCCGGUUGCCUUCGUGCUUCGCGACCGCUACACGCACACGCUGCACGAGCUGGAGGUGCUGGCAACCAUCUUCACCAGCCUGGCGGUGGCGGACCUACCGGAGGUUCGCGAGCGCGGCGUGCAGCUGGUGAUCGCAGAUCAGAUGCCGCACGCCUCCUACCGCCCCACCUACGCCGCCAUCUCCUACCCCUACCGCCUGCGCCACCUAGCUGAGGCGCCCUACCCGCCCAACACCUGCUUCCGCACCGCGCUCUUCAUCAACGCCUUCACCAACUCCAUCGCAUUCAACCCCAACCCCAACACCUCCAACUGUUUUUCGCCUGUCAUGAUUGGCGUGCACAGAUGGCUGCGCACGCUGCACAAGGAGCUGGACCCCGGCUACCUGGCCCGGGCGCACCAGCACGCCUCGGAGACGGGCGGCAUCGUGCGGCGGUCGGUGGUGUGGACCAGCCGGCGCAACCUGGAGGCGCUGCGGCUCACCAGCGGGGCGGGCAUGACGGAGUGGCAGUCGGCGCGCAUGGUGCCCAACGAAAACCAGGUGGUCACGGCGCUGCAGUCCGCCAUCCUGGAGUGGAACUCCCGCUCCUGCCUGCUGGCCCGCUACUACGGCGGCGAGGAGGGCCUGGCGGGCUGCCGCGAGUCGUCCGUGCAGUUCGACCUGGUGUUCGGGGAGUUCAGCGACUGGCCGUACUAUCCGGACCAGCUCAUGACCAUUUACAGGACGGGUGUGUUGAUCGGGGUGCACGGCGCCGCGCUGACGUUCGUGACGUCCACCACGGCGGGCGAGUCAGCGCUGCUGGAGCUGGCGGGUGUGGGGUGGGAGGACACGCAGACCGGCAACAUGCUCAACCUCUUCCCCUCGCUGGCGCACAACGUGGGCGCGUACUAUGAACAGGUCCGCUACCAAGGACCAGACAUUGACAUCAAGAUUGCGACGGACGCCCUUAUCAGGGCCAUGGACGAGGUGUCCCGCCGCAUCACCGCCCGGCAGCGCAGUGCCGUGCUGCCGGAGCAGCAGCCGCACUUCAACGACCAGUACAACUUCGACAUCAUGUUCCCGCAGGCCUGCCCCACCACGGUGCCCAACAAGCUGCGGCGCUACGUGACCAGCCACCCGGUGCAGAUGUCGCUCAACGGGAGCAGCAAUACAAGCAGUAGCACUAGCAGUCAGAUAUGGCGCUGAUAGCGGGGCUGACAUGGAUGUUUACAUAGGUAGUGGUUGCUGCAUUAUCGUGCACCCUUAUAAGGGUGGACACGCAUGAGGCCUGUUGGGUCGUAUUCAUGCCGGCAACCCGGCAUUGUUUCAGUAUCGUUGAAUUAUAUCGUUUGUUUCGUACGCCUCCUUGCUACGCUUGCACUGUCUCAGUAGCGGACUUGAAAGACGCUGAUGCAUUGUGGAGGUUAACAUGCCCGUUCGUGCUAUAUCGGCAGCUAAGCGCAAUCGUUUUAGGAGAGGGCCAUUCGGCCGUGCCUCGGUCGUGACGUCUGUCUGCAGUCAAGGUGGCGGCUAGUGCAGUAAGCCAAGAGGGUGCAAAACGGUAUACAGAGGGACGGCGGACCUCAGCUCUGCUCCAUUUGUAGGAGGCUGUGGGGCAGACGAUGCUCUCCAGCGACUUGCACGUAUCCAGUAGGCAGCAUGGCCUUCGUCUCUCCAGACAUUAGGAGAGGGGGAUGAGGAUAUUCUGAUGGCUGGUAUGCAAGCAUAUGUGAUUAUUUUCUGCUGCGAAUACCGGUACUGCUGACCUGACUUCAGUGUACUCUAUUGGCGGUUGGGUGAGUAGUGGGCCACCCCUUGCAAGCCCCUCUCGGCCCUGCUGCCCUAUAGCUUUAGAGUAGGGUCGUCAGGCGUUGUCCCUACCCGGCUUGAUAUGACGAAACCAGGGAAUGUACGCAGGCGGCCUGGCAUGUCCAACAGGUGCUGAUCGUUCGAAUGGAGGAAUGAACCAUGGGUCCCGUGGCUGUUUACUGCGUCCGCGAAGGUUAUUGGAUACGGUGGGACGUAGCUUUCCUUGGCCCUUUGAUUGCCUCCGAUAGUUUGUCGUUGUGCUUUGGCCUCACAUGGAUGAGCACCACCUUAGUUUACCAGCGUGUAAUUAAUGCCUAAUAGUAACAACUCGAAAG